GGUGGGGUCACGUGAGCGGAAGGCGCGCGUUGCCAUGGCGAGGGCGGGAUGGCGGCGCCCUGUUGGGUGCUGCGGUGCUGCUCGUGCCGCCUCUUCCAGGCGCAGCAGGCCAAGCGGAGCGGGAAGUGGAGCUGCAGCGUGUGCGGGCAGCGGCAGGCCCUGCAGAAGGUUUACGGGCAGGGCUCAGGCCGAGACUGCAGGCUGCACGUCCAGAAGCUGAACUUGCUGCAGGGUGAGGCGGAGGAGGCCGCUGCCCGCACGGCUCGGUACAUAGAAGAAUCUGAAAACAGCAACAAAAAUGCAGCUGUCCUCCAUGAGAACAGUUCGGUGCAGCAGGGAGGAAGGGCAGAAGUCAGUCGCUGGAGUAAGUAUCUGGACAAGGGCAGUGAAGAUCGAGAAGAGGAGGAAGAGGAGGGAAGUUCAGAAAGACAACAGUUCUGUUCCCAAAGGAAGAAUGCUGUGGAAGAACGAAGGAAAAAGCAGAAGAGCUUCCUCUACAGUGAUGUUCAGGAGAACUCAGAGGAAAAUGGUGCUUUCCAGCUUGCCUACCAAGCCAAAAAGCACAAGAAAUGUUCAAUAGCAGUGCCUGAUGAAGAUGAUGGAGAUGCUGUUUCUGCAGACAGUUUAGUGCCUACUGUCUUUGAGUCUGUAGUGCCACAGCAGACCAACCAACCCCCAGCUGCUUGUACCAAACCCUCCAAGUGGGAAAAAUACCUCUCCUGUUCUGACAACCGUAGUGAAAAUGCUGUUGUGGCCACACUGUCACCACAGGAUGGCAGUGGAAGGUUGGGACCACACAGCACCACUGCCGUAAGUAUGGCCACUAGACAUUCGCAACAGGGUCGAAGUGCUCUUCCUCCAGGUACAGAUUUUCAAUUUAAAAAGUGCAUUGCUAGCUCUGAGCAACUUGCCUUAAAACUGCCUGGCAGCAUGCUGCCCAGCAUCAGUUGCUCAGGGGAGAAGGAUACACUGGCCAAAGAACCUCAAAGCCAGGUGCUCCAGGCUGGAUCUGGAGGCUUCAACACCUGUAGCAGACCUCCUGCACCUGCCCUGGUGAGGCCCAACUCUCACACUGCUUCUUGUGAACGCCUCUUCUGCACAGGUGAUGAGUUUGAUGAUGAUUUCUGAGAAACUCACGCAUCUUUACUGUUGCUUUUCUGUAUGUCUGUUGGGUAUUUGGGUUGCGUCUUGAGUACUGAAGCAAGAUUUUGAAGUGAAAGUGGCUUCAAGAGAACUAUUAAAGUUGUUUAUAUGGCAUAUA